AUGUCAGAGAAUGAACCAAAAGAGAAAAGAAAGAGACAGAGACUGUCUCUAGUGUGCUUACAUUGGAAACCAACUUGUUCAAAUUGUCAAAGGUUUGGUGUUGAAUGUAAUUAUGAGCUGCCACAUUGGGUCAAUAGUAGUCUGGAGAAGAAGACAGUGACUACAAGUAUCACUUCAAAUGAUGAAUAUAAACAUAAAUCAAGAGAGGAAUUACUACAUGAAAUUGAACAAUUGAAAAAUAAAUUGAAUAAAUCAAGCCCCAAUACCCCAAAUGGAUCAACAGAAAUUAAAUCUACACAUUCAAAUUUUACACAAGUUGAUUAUUUCACUUCUUCCGUUGAUUUGGGACUAAACAAUAACGAUAUAAUUGAUCUUUAUGAAUCAUAUAAUACCUUGGCAAUGAAACAUUCAAGUCAUGAAGAACAUAAACCUUUAAGCCCCAUGGCUAUAAGCAAAAUGGAUCAUUACCUUGCAUUUUUCAUGUGUUACAUGUUUGUUUCAAUUAAAUUAACACCUUCUUCAGUCUCUGAUAUGUUUAAAGAAACUUGGAAAUCAAAGCAUUCUGAUGGUUCAAGUAAAUGGUUAUAUCUUUUAGAUUUAAAAAAUAGAGAUUCUGAGUUGAAAAAUGCAAUUGAUAGAAUCAUAGGGGAUAGAGCUACUUUAUGUCGAAUAAAUGUGUUCCCAUUCUUGAAUAUGCGUGACUCAAAUCAAGAUGAAGUUGAAGCAUUAACACGAUCAAUUGAACAAACACUACCAAGUAAAUCAUUUGCUGAAAAUUAUUUGGAUUUUUUCUUCCAUUUUAUAUGGAUUUCUAAACCUUUUAUAGAUGAAGUUAGUUUCAAAAAAGAAGUUACAAGAAUUAUAAGUUUUGAUGAUGAAACCAAAAGACCCAAGAUUACAUUUAGUCAAAGAUCUGAUUUUGCUACAAUUGCAACUUUGUUAAUAAUUUUAAGAUAUUCAUCUAUUGCAAUUGCAGUUAUUGAUGAUGAUGAGUUACCAAGUUUUUUAACUUCAUUGAAAGAAAAUCCAGUUUCUGUUAAGGCAAUUACUGUUGCUCGAAUGUGCUUAUCAAUGUACAAAGUUUUGAAAAAAACAACUAUUCAUGUCAUUCAAAGUUUAUUAUAUUUAAGAAGUUAUUUUAAGGAUUGUCCAGAAGAUGGUGAUGGUUUAACAUUAAGUCAAUCUCAAUUGUUAUUUGGAUUUAUUGUUCAAUCUGCAGUUACAAUGGGGCUUCAUAGAGAUCCUCAAAAUUACUCUCAAGUUUCUAAUGAUAUGAAUGAAGUUAAUUUAAGAAGAAGAAUAUGGUAUUGUAUUGAAGAAAUGGAUAAUGAAUCGGCGAUACUUUCCGGGUCAUUGUCAGCUUUACCACAUCGUUCCCUAAUUGAUGUCAAAAUACCAACAAUCACUUCUAUUGAUACGGUUGAACAUGCUCAAGUUAAAGAAAUUGAAUUAAGGAGACCUUUAUUAGAAAUAUAUGAACAAUUGUCCUUUUCAAUAAAUAAUAUGCAACAGAAACCAACAUUACACAAGAUUAUUUCCCUUUUAGAUCAAUCAAGGUCAUAUGUUGAUACACAUUAUUCUUUAAAUUCAAUGGAAAGUUUAAAACAUUUGAAUUGUGGUACAAGAAUAUUUAGAGCAACAAUGUUUACUAAUUUAAAACAUAUUCAAAAGCAAUUAAUUCAAUUAUCUUUAGAGAUUACAACCUAUUAUUCAUUAUGUUUACAUUAUGAAUCUAAUUCACAUUUAGAAGCUAAUUUAUACAGACUUUUUUUGAAAAAAACAUUAUUAUCUUGUUCAGCAGCUUUAGAUUUAUCUGCUUCAUAUCUUUCAGGUUCAUUUAAUGAAUAUUGCACACCAAUCCAUACAAACUAUGGAUUAUGUCCAUUAAUUAUCACAUCAUGUUUCAGAGUUAUGAAUACCUUAAUGUCAAUAUUGUUGAAAGUUUAUCAUGCACAAGAUCUAUUGGAGUCAAAUUAUAUCUUCUCCGUUGAUUCAAAUAUAAAACAAAAGGCUUUAGAUGAUUUUUCAAAUGAUUUAUCCAAAAAAUUUGAAAGUGCAUUAUUUUUAAUGAGAAAAAAAUUAAGUAAAAAAUAUUAUCAAUCUUUAAAAAUUCUUGGUUGUUUCCAUUAUGCUUAUAUUUUAUUGAAAAAUGAUAAAUUUAAAAUGAUGAAUAGAAUAAUUAAAUUUUUAGAAUCUGAUGAAAAAAGUUCAAUUGGUGAUGAUGUUGUAUUAAAUGGACCAAGAAGGGAUGAAAUUAAAAAACAUUUUCAAAAAAAUAAAAGUUUAAUAACUUCUAGUUCUGAAUGGAUGCAAUUAAAUAAUACGGUAAAUUGGAUAAUGAAUAGUAAUAAUAGUAAUUCAAGUGAAGAUCCAACUUUUGAAGGUGAAAAUGAAACCAUAAUGAAUAUUAAUAAUACCAACUUAUUGGCUGAUUUUACAGAAUCAGAAAUCAAGUUUUAUACAGAUUUACUUAAAACUGAACCUUUGAAAUCCUUUUCAAUUCCAAAUAAUGUUGAUCCAAAAACAUCAACUGAAUUAUUCAACUCUUCAUCAUCAUCAAAUUCAACACCUAAUGAUUCUAAUAACGAUAUAUAUCAAAGAGUUUUCAAUGAACAAAAUAUUAAUGAAAUAACACCUCAAAUUUCAAAUAUGUUUAAAGCUACAAGAAAUGGAGGUACACCACAAAAUAAUGAAAAUAAUGAUGGAUUUUUAGGUGAUAUUUUUGACCGAUUGAUGGGUACAAAUGCAACUGUUGAUGAUGUAUUUACUUUUUAG